AUGGAAGAUUCAUGGGAAAAUUUCAAUCUUCACAUGGAAUUGGAUUGUGGUGAUGAUUACUUGAUAGACAACUUGGACUUGGACACCAUUAACAUUGACGGUGAUGAUUUUCUUAGAGAGAUUCUGUUAGAAACACCACAAAGUUUAAUCUAUAAUGAAACUGAAAAUAACUCGGAUAUCGUUGACAUUAACGACGGCGUAGAGGUUGUUAAUAACAGUUCUGGUUCAACAAUAGUACUGUCUGAACAACAAAAACAAGAACAAGAACAAUCGAAAAAUGUUUCUGGUCGACGUUAUUUACCAAAGACAUUCAUUUUGUCUUUUGAUAACUCAACUAUAAUACCUGCUACACCUCAACCAGCAUGUGUCAAUUUGGAUGCUAAACGUGGUUCUAAGAAGAAACGGAACCGCGAAAGUAGUGAAAAGAGUGAAAUGAUGAAAAGAAAUGAAGAAAAAGUAGUCAAGAGAAGUAGAAGCAGUUCUCAGUGCAAUGAUCAUAUAAUAGCAGAGAGAAAACGGAGACAAGAGUUGACGGAGAGAUUCAUCGCACUUUCAGCAACCAUUCCUGGUUUGAGCAAGACAGAUAAAGCUUCAAUACUUCGAGCAGCGAUUGAUUACGUGAAGCAUCUUCAAGAACGUGUUGAUGACCUAGAGAAACAAGACAAAAACGUUGGUGUCACGUCAAUGAUGGUCCUCAACAAACCUAAUCUAUGUGGAAUUAUUAACAAUAAUCAAGACAAAAAAUUUGGUCAAACAAAGAGUGAUGCUGAUGAUGAUGAUGAUUUUAACAAUAAUAUCUUCCCAGAGAUUGAAGCAAGAGUUAUGGGAAAGGAAGUGCUUAUUGAAAUUCAUUGCGAGAAACAAAUUGGAAUUGACCUUAAAGUGCUAAAACACAUUGAAAAUCUUCAACUUUUUGUUAUUGGUAGCAGUGUCUUGCCAUUUGGAAAAUCAGAUCUUUCCAUUACUAUUAUUGCUCAGAUGGGCGAAGGAUACAAAGUGACAAUGGAUGAUCUUGUUAUAAGCCUUAGGCGAGUGAUUCUGAAACCUGAAAUGGGAUGUGAAAGUGAUCUAUUCUAG